AUGUCGACUCCCACGUUUGGGAAAGCGCAGGCUCUCUCAGAGGCAAACGAGCCUCAGUGGUCCCUAGGGACGGAUGAAGCCACAAAGAAGGAGGCUUUAUGUUUGAUCUCUAGGGGAAGAUGGUCGCUUAGCGCAACUCGAAUGGGAAUAGAACGAGAGUUCAAGUUCAAGACUUUUGCAAAAGCCAUGGUACGUCUUUUCAUCAACCAAGUUGCGGACCAAUGCAAAGUCAAGAAACAUCAUCCAGAGUGGGAAAAUGUCUACAACAAAGUCGCUAUCCGCUGGACAACUCACAAUCCGGAAGGGCUAUCCCACAAGGACGUGGAGAUGGCCAAGUUCUGUGACGAUAAGGGUAUAGAGUUGGGGGAAACCGGUGAGGAGAAGAUUGAGAGAGGCGGAUAAAUAGCAAGUAUUCCUGCAGUGGACAGUCUGCUACCGUAGGAGAAGGGGUGUGGGGAUUCGGGCCUUGUUUAGGCCCCUCAAAGGCCUUGUUCGGGCCCUUGGACGGAGGAUAGGGGAAGGAUAAAAGAAGGAAUUGAACAGUUGUCCAGAUAACGGUAGCAAUGGUAGCAGCAUCAUCAUCAUCGUUCUGUGUAGUUUUCUCUUUCUGUAAAAAAAUGUCACCAACAAGGUUGCAACGACUCCUUCGACGAAUCCUGAGAGAUCACAUGUCACGUGACGUUUAUAUUCGUAACGACACGCGGAACCGCCGCCGUGGCUUCUUUACCACAUGAAAACACCGAAGCUCCUUCUCUAACAACCUUCCCCCUUCAUUCAGCUAUUUGCUCACUCACCACUGCUUCUAAUCCACUUUUGAAACCUUACCUUAUUAUUUGUCGGUGCGGGGAUAUUCGAGCCCUUGACUUCUUAGCUACAGGUUAUCCAUACCUGCUGGUUUUAGAGGGAGCAAGAUGGUUCUGUUUUGGCCAUUCAGUAGAGGAGACAACUCCCCUGAUUCGUUUGAGCGCAUCCUUUCGAAAUUAGCCAGUCAAAUCCAGACUCAAACGACAAAACUAACCGGCCUUCGUCAACGCUCUCGCCGUUACAAAGCGCUAUUCACUCUAUAUACAGUGAUAGGGUACAUUAUUUACGUUGUGGUCAUAGUCUCAGUAGUGGGGUGGAAGGAGGUGGGACCGGUGGAACUUUCGGGAGUGACGGGUGGACCGGUUUGUAUCUGGUCAGUAAGGAAGCUAUUCGAUCUUUACUAUAACUAUCGUAUCGGGAAUGCGGAGGGUGCUUUGGAGGAGCUACAAACGAAGCAGAAUGAUACUAUCGAAAAACUUAAGGCUGCCACAAAGUUCUCAACAACACAGUCCAUCAUCGAAAAGUAUGGUAGGGGAUCUUCCUCGAGAUCAUCUUUUCAAGCAGAUACGGAUAAGAAACAGCAACAAAAGCCUGGACCCCAAGGCCCACCGCAAGCUGCUGGCCCGACUGUACUUUCAACACCCCAACAAAUCCAGCAACAGUUGAUCCAGCAGCAGAUGAUGGCUCAACAACGUGCUGGGCUACCCUCUCCGGCACAAAUGCAGCACCGGUUACAUCCCGGAGCUCAACCAGACAUGCCCGAAAUUUCGGGCCGGCCAAAUCCGGACGCCCCCCUUCAUAAUCCCCCGCAAACCCAGCCUUCUUCCCAGCAACUGAUCCAACCUGAAGAAGAAACUACUCCAAAAUGGUAUGAUCGUCUCUUAGAUGUGAUAGUUGGGGAAGAUGAGACUAGUGCAAAAAACCGGUAUGCCUUAAUUUGCAAGAAUUGCCGCAUGGUGAACGGUCUUGCUCCUCCGGGAGCCACGAAUCUGGAGGAUAUAGGGGGUUGGGGAUGUGCGAGGUGUGGGACCUGGAAUGGUUCCCCGCCUGGCCAAAAAAGGUAUGCAGGGAGUGAAGGGGAGGCUUGCAGGCUUACUCCUGAUAUUCUGGAUGGUGGUGAGGCGAAGGGCAGAAGAGCAACCCGGAGCCCAUCACCCAACCCCGAAGAUUUCAGAACUACUAAGAGCAAAGCCACAGAGGGGCAGGAGCUGCAAUCGAGCGGCGACGAGGAGGGUGGUACUCUAGAAAAAGAGGCCAAGUUGGAGGAGGAUUCAAACGAUGAGGGGAUCCUCGAAGCCUCCCAGCCAAAGGCCAAAAGAGGGAAAGCGAGGAAGAAGGCUUAAGCCAAGUCAAAUGCUGUCACAUAACUGUUCUUUUCCCUCCUUUCAUCUUUCGUUUUACACUUUCUUGGGGUUUUCCUCAUCAGGAGUUACGCUGGGAACCUAAUGUUACAUUUACAUUCCCUUAUCACUCUGGUAAUUAGGGCAAAACACUGUACAUGCUUGCCUUCCAUCUGCUUCUUUCGUUGCCUUUUCUUCCCUCUUUCUUUCUUCUUUUUCGCCCUGUGCUCAUCAUGGUGUAGAGAGGUGUCAGUCUAUCAAACUGUGGGGCGGGGAAGGCGAUAUCAAUCCCCCUAGCAUCCUUAUACCCCAUUUCAUUUCUUCCAAACACUCCAUAUCGCUAAUAAUACCCCUCCUUUAUUAGGGCGCAAAGACAAAAAAGUGAAAAAAA